AUGAUGUUCCCCAAGGUGAAAGCUGGGAUAUUCUCAUCCGCUGUGUUGCUGCUCGCAUCUGCACCAACUACCAUCGCUGAUUGCGCGCUCCCGUCAACUUACAGCUGGACAUCCACUGGCGCUCUCGCACAGCCGAAGUCCGGUUGGGUGGCGCUCAAGGAUUUCACCAACGUGGUCUACAACAACAAACACCUCGUCUAUGCAUCGACUGGUUCGGCAAGUGGAAACUAUGGUUCCAUGCUCUUCAGCCCCUUUUCAAGCUGGUCCGAUAUGGCCUCUGCAAACCAAAUCGCAACCAACUUCAAUGCUGUUGCGCCCACUUUGUUCUAUUUCCAGCCAAAGAAUGUUUGGGUCAUGGCCUAUCAAUGGGGCUCCAGCACCUUCACCUACCGAACAACAAGUGAUCCCACCACGGGAAGCUGGUCUGCAGAACAAGCCCUGUUCUCGGGAAAGAUCACCAGUUCCGGUACCGGUGCCAUUGAUCAGACCUUGAUCGGUGACUCAACAAACAUGUACCUUUUCUUUGCCGGAGACAAUGGAAAGAUCUACCGCUCCAGCAUGCCUAUCGGCAAUUUCCCUGGAAACUUCGGAACAAGCUACGAGGUCGUGCUCAGUGACUCCAAGAACAACCUGUUCGAGGCGGUUCAGGUGUACACCGUCAAGGGCCAAAACAAGUAUCUGAUGAUCGUGGAAGCCAUUGGAUCCCAGGGACGGUACUUCCGUUCAUUCACUGCGAGCAGCCUCGGCGGCGCGUGGACCCCGCAGGCUACUAGCGAAAGUAGCCCAUUCGCCGGCAAGGCUAACAGUGGUGCAUCAUGGACCAACGACAUCAGUCACGGUGAUUUGGUCCGCACUAACCCUGACCAAACGAUGACCGUCGAUGCCUGCAAUCUGCAACUCCUCUACCAGGGCCGCAACCCGAACGGUGGUGGUGAUUACAAUGCCCUUCCAUACAGACCUGGUGUGCUCACUUUGAAGUGGUAG